UUAUUCUUUCAAAUUUUCACCUCUAAAAUAAGUGAAAGGAAAGAAAAGAAAAGGCUAAACAAUUUUUUUUAUUUCAAAACCGUAAUCAGCCUCUUCACAUGUACAAGAACUCAAGAAGGAAAAUGAAAUGAGUGAUCAAGGAGGAGGAGGAGGAGGACUAAAGCAUGAUGAUUAGAAAACUGGAAAUUAUUAUGUAAUUGAACCCACAUAUUCUUCGAAGUCAAUUUGAACAGCCAUCCUAGCUGUCAAGCUUAAAAUUGACAUUAGCUCUCAAUUUUUAUAAGCUAAUGGAGGGAAAAAGAAUAUGAUUAGGUUCCUGUUAUGAGGACAAACUAAUUGGUAUCUUAUUUUAAUAUGCUGUUUAUCAUUACAAUUUGAUUGACAACAGAGAAGUGGAAAUAAAUAACACAUUAAUAUUAUUUAAUUACAAUUUACAACAAAUAUAAUCCAAUUUUUUUCUCACUAAAUGAAAUUAUGCAAGACAUAUAAGCUUCAUAAAAAUAUGACCAUCUAUCAUUAAGUAUGACUAAAGUUAUAAAUCUCAAAGACUUCAUUUGUAAAUUAGUUUACAGAAAUAGAAUUGUGAAAAACAAAAGUUCUUAUGCUAGACUGUGGCAAAAAAAUUUCUUUUUUCUAUUUGGUACUGUGAUGGUAAUGCACUUAUGACUUCAUGUAAUCUACCUAGGUCAUCCACCAUUAACUUACUCCUAGUGAGUUGUGACUUUUAAUACUCUCUUCUUUAUCUAUAGUAAACAAUUCUUUAGACAUGCUCUUAUACGAUUUUUUCUUUUGGGUGAAUAUAUGGUAUAACCAACAGAAACACAGCAUCCAUGGUAAGUUUGAAACAGAGAAAGAGACGGGAAACAAUGUGCAUGAACAAACUUGGGUUUGACUUCACUUGUCGUGAUCUGUUUUAAACAAGUACACGUGUAUUGUGUCUUUAUACUCUUGCAAGUUGCAAAGAAUGAUUUAAGCUAAAUUUUAUAUGGGAACGGGGUGAUGUGAUGCGAUUCUUGUUCCUCCAAGACAGGCACUGCAGUCGUUGUUUUAGUCUUAAUACAGCAGUCCACACGUGCAGAUGAGUUGAAUUUAAGGUUAAAACACGUUUUAGGUCCAUUUGCAUUGGAAAUGUCAUAAUCAUGCAAGUGAGAGAGCAAGUUGAGACAAAAUACUGAGUUGGAUAGUUUCCUUGGGAGAGACACUAUUCUAACAUUUAUGAAAUUAUGUCUAGAUCCAAAUCUCGAUUAGUUAGCCUCAUUGGUAUUUGUUUAGGAGGAGAUUCAUUAUGUCUCCAAAAGCCAUAGUAUAUAUUGACAAGAGGCCAUUGGCAGAUCCAUAGACUCAAUUCUACAUUCAAAAUCAAGUCUUCUCUUCUCUUUUCUUCUCUUAAGGAAAAAUGGCAUCCUCUCCUUUGAACUCAAAAUCUGGCUCCCAUGGUCGCUCAAAUAGCUUGCCCUCUAGACCACACCCUCUCAUUCUCAAAUGCAAUGAACACUUGGAAAGCUUAAGGGCUUCCAAUGAAACCUCUUCUUCCUUAUCAAAUCUUAGACAUAAGGUAGGAGGAUUGCAAGAUCUGAUUGAGUGUGUUGAAAAAUUGAUUCAGCUUCCUCUCACUCAAGAUGUCUUUCUCCAUGAGUGUCAAGAGAAUUGGGUGGAUGAACUUUUGGAUGGAUCCUUAAGGCUCUUAGAUGUGUGUACUUCAGCCAAAGAAGCUUUACUGCACACAAAAGAAUGCACACGUGAACUUCAAUCAAUCAUAAGAAGGAAGAGGGGUGGUGAAGUGGAGUUGACAGCAGAGGUUAAGAAAUUCUUAACAUCUAGGAAGGUAGUGAAAAAGGCAAUCUCCAAAGCCUUGGCAAAUUUGAACAGCAUUUCAAAGAGUUGCAACUUCUCAUCUACCGCAGACAAAGAUCACCGAACAGUGGCUUUGAUUAGCUUAUUACAAGACGUGGAAGUGGUUACACUUUCAACAUUUCAGACACUGCUGCAAUUUAUCUCAGGAUCAACACGAUCAAAGUCAAACAACUGGCUUUCAAUUUCCAAGCUAAUUCAGCCCAAAAGAGUGGGUUGCUCGCUAGUUGCUGAUGAAAGUGAAUUUGCCCAAUUGGAUGCAGCAUUGCAGUCCUUCGUAUGCAAGACUUGCAAAUUUGAAGACACGAACAAUCUGCAAAACCACUUGGAGAAAAUGGAGUCGUGUAUUCAAGACUUUGAAGAAGGACUUGAGUUUCUAUUUAGGCGUCUGAUUAAAAUCAGAGUUUCCCUUCUCAAUAUCCUUAACCACUAGUCCAACAUAGCUGGGGUAGAAUUUUUGUAGUGAUAGAUAGAGAUACGCUUGUGCAUGGAAAUCAUAAAUGUAUAUGUCUAGUGAUAAUGAACUGAAAAUCUUUCUCAA